AUGUCAGAUAAGGAGUCCGAUCCUCUGGAUGAUCUUAAUCGCAAAUACCAAGAACUCACCAUAUCAGGGAAAUUCUCGUUCAACUACAACCUUCUUAGAAUCGUUGACGUAACUAUCCACUCAGUUCGCCAAUCUUGGAUUAUUCUGAAGGAAUCUCUCUCCUAUGAUCUCAGUUACUACCUGGAGGAGGGGAAAAUGUUCCCCGACUUCUAUCUCAUGAAAAGAUAUGUAAAGUUCUCAUCGCUAGCCUUUAUUUCCCUCUAUUCCGCCGCAACCAUGAUUUGUGAGGUCUCUAACCCAGACUGUUCUCCAUCAAGCUCUAAACAUGGCUCUGGAAAAGGUUCCAAGUCCAAGAACAAACCGGAUCCAUUCUCAGUUAUAAUUGUGGCAGUUUCAGUCUUGCCAAACCACACCGGAAUCGGACUCUGUAAGUUUCCAAUUUUUAUUUUUUUAGCUGUUAAGCUCCUCGACUACACAAUUAACAAGGUAAAGGAGGCAAAACUUUCCAAGAUUUUUGCAAUCGCAGAUGAAAACAAUAGGGCGACAAUAGACUUCUACAACAAUCAUGGGUUUUACAGGUCAUCUUCCACCUUCUCUGAUGUUGUUUCUAACCUAAAGGUAAAGAGCCCCGAGUCUCAGGCGCCUCCAUCAUUCAUUAUUAUGGAGCGUACACUUUCUACUCCAGAAACAAAAUAA